AGCCACGACAAUCGCAUUCGUGAAAAUCACUCCAUGCCUGAUUUCUUUGUCAGCCAGACGCUAGAAAAAAACUAAAAAUUCGACUGAUAAACAUAUCUCAUCGGAACAAAACCACUAAAAAAACAAUACUCGAAGAAAAACACAUCUAAAGAGCAAUAAAGUUUAUUUAACAACUCUCUGCGCAGAAAAAGUACAUGAAUUACUCACGUCUGUUUUAAGGCCGAGGAAGAAACGAAGCUACGAAUCUACGACGCAAAAGGCGUGAAAAAUUAUCAAACCGGUUUUCGGAGAAGAAACACAUCUACAGGACCGUUAAAGUGUCAAGCGGAAAACAGUGAAAACAGACAGAUUUAAAGGAUAAAUUUAUUGAAAGAAUACCAAAGGAAUUAUGAACACUGGGAUCUCCCUGAACGAACGCUUCACGCAGAUGCAGUCGAAGCAGCAGCCGCAGGGACGCGGUCGCAGCCGCUCCCGGAGCAGGAGCCGCCGCAUCGUGGACAGCGGCGCUGGGAAUCCAGGAGUUUCGGCAGCCAACUCCCGCCUGCUGCAGGAGUUCAAGCGUCGUCACACCGUCCAGACGGCCCUCAAGCUGAAGCGCAGAAGCUUACGGACCACCGGCGUGAGCGGACGUGGAGCCCGCGUUGGCGGCGUCAAGUCGCUGCGCCUGGCGCCCAACGGAAAGCCCAUGCGGUCCAACAACGUGACCAGGGUAGCAACGAUGCGUGCCGAUCUAGUGGCCAGCGCCAGUGUGGGCCGCAAUCGCCGCAGCGGCAGCAGCACCCGCCGCUUUCCCGCUUCCGGCGGAGGCGGCGGUGGCCUUCGUCAGCGACUAGGGCAGCGCCGUUCCUCAGUAGGCGGUGCAGCCGAGCGCGUAGAACGCCGUCAGCGACAGCAGCAGCAGUAUCAGCAGCAUCAGCAGCAAGCCCCACGUGGACGUUCCCGCUCGCGAUCCCGCUCGCGUCUCCCUCAACCGCAGCGUGUGGACAGAGGUCGCUCCCAGAGCCGUGGACGCAGCGUAGGGCGUUCCCAGAGCCGUAAUCGCGAUCGCUCCGCUCAAGGACGAGUCCCGGUGAAACAGCGCCUUUCGGUCAAGCAUCGCCUCGGCGUGCGUCCCGGCCAGGGAAACAACCAGGGCAACCAGGCCAAGAACCCAAGACAGCGCCGUUCAUCAAGCCAACUACGAGGCGUGGCUGGCGGGCGAGUCGAGAAGCGUCGUAACGCAAAGAUUCCUCAAAAGAAGGGAGUCUCCGCCUCGAUUGCCGGACGCCAGGGACGACCACGCGGAAGAUCUGCUCUUAGGAACGCUGCUGCUGGCGGAGGGGCUGCCAAAAACUCUGCUCCGGCGCGUCGCUCACGCUCGCGCAAUCGCGCAGCCGUCGCUGCUGCUGCCGCUGCCACCGCUGCCGCUCCGGGCCGGGCUAAUCCUCGCCAGCGACGUGGACGCAGUGCGGGCGCUGCCAAGGGCAACAACAUCAGCAACAACAACAAAAAUGGUAAAACCAACAAAAACGGAAAGGGCAAGGCGGCAAACGGUGGCAAACAGGCCCCGCAGCAACAGGCUCGAAGGGGACGCAGUCGUAGUCGUAACCCUGCAGGCAAACCACAGCGGUCUGAGGUGAAACGCGAGGAUCUUGACAUGGAAUUGGAUCAGUACAUGUCCACCACUAAGUCUGAGAUGGACUACUUGCUUAAGUAAAAUCAAAUAGAGUGGACCAAAAUUUAAGCCAAUAAGAUGAAUAGAAGGAAGAGGAUAAUUGAAAGCUACCACCGGCUAUAGACAGAAUAUGUUUCUCUCAUCGCACUAAGUUACCGCCUAGUUGAUAGUUAUUUUUAAGCCUUAAAACCGCAUUAUAAAAGCGCCCAUAAAGCGUCUCUUAAACUUAAAAAUGUUUUCGUGUACAUAUGGCAAGCUGUAAAACUCUAAGUAAAUCUGGCCGAUAAAUGUAAUGUUAAUCGCAUUUUCGAAAUACAAAUUAAUUAUUGCUCAUCUUAAAAAGUAAUGAAAAAA